CAAUAAUAACGACUGAAAAGCCGUGCGUCGCUUCGUGCCCUUCUCAACUCUGCAAACGAGAUGCUAGCCGUUUCGACGCUGAAAAUAAACUGAUUGAUUUUUCCACGUUUGGUUACUGGUUUACUUCAUGCGGCCGGAAUUAUUUGUUCCACACCUCUGCUCCAAUGGACUGGUCAGGAGCCUGGCAACGUUGUUGCGACGUUGGCUUGACUCUGGCGUCUUUGGACUCGGCCGGAAAAUUGAGCUGCUUUUCAAAACUCGCCUUCAGAUUCCUCCCGGACACCGUGGGAGAUUUCUGGCUCUCCGGGACGGAUCUCGGGUGUCCAUCCAACUUCCGCUGGUGCUCGCUGAACAGGGCAUUCGUCGACCCUGAGCUCAGGUGGAAGGCCGGACACCCGAAGGCGGGUUUGGGCUGCGUUUACCUCGAAGUGAGAAACAGAUCCGUGCUCCUGGCAACUGCGGACUGCGCUGAGAAGAAAUCGUUUUUGUGCGACGUGCGGAAGAAGGCAUCGAGCCAAAAGGCCAUGCAGACCGAGUGCGCCGACAUUUGGGCCAUCACUCCCGCUGAAAUUGACCUGCUGCUGAACACCAGCGCGUUUCUCACGGCCAACGUCUCUUUGAAUUUGAAGUGCUUUCUAAAAUGCGUCGGGAUUGAAGUCGGAUUGUUUAAUUUGGGAGCUUUGGAUAGCUUAGCAAUGUUGCGGGAAAUAGAAUUCGCGUCGCAAGAGGAUCCUGUCAAGAUGGAACAGGGAUUUGAUGCUUUUGACGAAUGCAGUGGAAAAAAUUUUGACGACGAGUGCGUGACUGCCUACGAAACGUACAAGUGCGGCCUUGAGAAGACGCCGAAUUUGGUCUCUGAUAUCGUAUCGAAUAAUUUUGGCAACGCAACGGUGUUUACUCCUCCAGUGCCUUGCCUUCCCAUCCGCAGAUCAUGCUGGCUUUCGAAUAUGUUUCCCUGCGAGAUAAACCAAACUGCGAUUGAUGCAAUGAGCGCCAAUAAUGGUUUAGAUGGCAAUGGGCAGAUGGUAACGUAUCAAAACAAGAAAUUCUACGUUCGAAAUAUCGACAGUGGUUCACGAGUAAAUCCAAUUUUGGCGUACAAACACUGUUGCGGACUCGGAAUGCGGCUUUUCGAACCUCAAACUCUUGAAGACUUGCAAUGGGCUUUCAUCACGUUCAAUAACAACUCCGCACUCAAAUUGAUGUUUGGUGAUAUUCUCACCGUCAACAACUCCCUCACUGACGAAGUUUGGUGCGGAAGUCGCACCAAACCAUUCUUUUCGCUUAAUUCGAUGUGCAUCUCUUCCGUCGUUCACUUUUCGGGCAAGGCAAAUUCUGUAAUGUUGUUGUCGAAGACUGUCAAUUUCGACUUUUACGACGGAUUCAUCAAGACACAAAAUGAUCCUACCGCAGUAACUUCCAUUAACGCCUUUAUAUGUGAGCAACCGUAA